AUGUCUUGUUUCUCCCCUGAGUUGGGCCUUCAAGCCUCAGUUAUACUUAUUAAGUUGCAUGUUAUUGACAACUUCUUACUCGACGACGUUCGCGUUUGCUUCAGUGAAGGCCUCCAGUCCACCUACGUUUGCUCUUCUCUGUCUGGACAAUAUCCGCGCCUACGUGCAUUCAGUAUUCUUAACACGGUUCUGGACUCGUUGAUUGUGAUCAGCGCUGCCGAACUAUCUCGGGACGUCGCUGGUAGUCGAGACGCCCAGAAGAAGCAAGCCUUAACCUCCUGGGGUUACAGCUUUCUUGGUGUUGGUGUAUUCUGGACAAUUACGGCGCUCAUUUUGAAGGCUGUAUUUCCUCCUGAGGAUGGCCAGGGGUUCGACAAAUGGUAUGAGUAUGCCACGAACAGGUCUUCAGUUGUGAUUGAUGAAUUCGAUCAAAUCCAUUCAAAUCUGCUCCCAUUUCGCGCCCUACCGCCACAUACAAUCCGAAGUAUGACUCAAAAAUUAGCCACGAACCCUUAUAAUGAAGUUGGCGCGGUCAGUAUUCGUAAUGGUACGGCAAGGGUCCAGAAGGAUAUCAAGCCAACCCAUGCCUGGAUGGUUCACAGCGCAGCCAAAAUGAUGGCAAACUUCGUCGAAUAUCUCCCAGAUAUGGAUGUGGUUUUCAAUUUAAACGAUGAACCUCGAGUUGCAGUCCCCUGGGAAAGAGCGUCUAUCCUGAGAGAUCAGGCAGAGUCACAGGCACCACCAUCAAGCGACAACAUUGUGACACAGUGGUCAACAGACCGUGCAAAACAAUGGGGCCCAAUAGAACCAGCUGAUCAAAGAAUGGAGACCAUGUUCACGGACAGCUCCUUCAAAAAUAUUUUCGACCGUUACGCAAGCCUUGUUUGCUCGCCAUCUUCGAGAGCACGUUCUCAACGAAUAUGGAACCGCCGCAACUUAUGCCUGGACUGCAUUCGUCCCCACUCACUGGGCCAAUUUCCUUCGGACUGGGCUGCUGCGUCCGAUAUCUGCCACCAGCCUGACCUUGCCUAUCUUCAUGGGUUCCUCAUCUCUCCGGCAUCAUUCAAGGUCACUCAGGACUUGAUACCGCUUUUUAGCCAAAGCUCAAUUUCUGGCUUUAAUGACAUUAUAUUCCCCAGUCCAUGGAACUAUGUGGAUAAAAUCAAAUACAAUCCUUCCGAUAAACACCCUGAUCCUGAUUACACAGACAAAAUUAACGAUCUUUUCUGGGUUGGCAGCACAUCUGAAGGCAUGAGCCGCAAUGGCGAAUGGAAGGGCAUACCGCGCCAGCGCCUCGUACACCUUAUCAACAACAACACCUUGAAUAAGGUAUCUGUACUACUACCUGUGAAUGCCAACCAGACCUCCUAUCAGAUUCUAGAUGGCUGGACGCCGUCCAAGGAACUCGGUCUCGAUACAACCGUGCACCUGACCAACGUCGUCCGCUGCCGAAACGACUGCAAGGAGCAAAAACAGGAGCUGGGUACGACGCCCUCUGUGGAUUUCCAAAGCCACUGGGGCCAUCGAUAUCUGUUUGACUCGGACGGCGCCGGUUUCAGCGGCCGUUUCCUCCCCUUCCUGAAGAGUCGCAGCCUUCCAUUCAAAACCGGUUUGUUCCGCCAAUGGUUUGACUCGCGUCUUUCGCCCUGGCUUCACUUCGUACCCGUUGAUCUCCGUCUGCAUGGACUCUGGAGCACUGUGGCCUAUUUUGCCGGGGUUAGCAUGUCUACUAGCACAGAUAGUAGCGGCCAGCUCCCAGUCCUCAUGGAACCACAUAAUACCGAAGGACAGUGGAUCGCCGAAGAGGGGCGCAAGUGGGCGGAGAAGGCCCUGCGGAAAGAAGAUAUGGAGAUAUACUUCUUUCGACUUCUUCUGGAAUGGGGUCGGAUCACAGACGAUCAAAGAGAUAUGCUUGGAUAUAGACCAUAG